CUGCCCAUGGCAGGGGGGUUAGAACUUAAGGUCCCGUCCAACCGAAACCAUUCCAUGAUUCUAUGACCGGUCCAGGCCCUGCUCUCGGCCCGUCCAGGCAGAGCACCCCGUACCCGCCGCCUGCCUGCUCGGGAGCGGCUACCGGCCCAGCUGCCCCCGGCGCACAGCGGUCCCUGUCCGGCUCCAGCACCGCACUGUGCCGCCGCGCCCGGGGCAGGGCGGGCAGGCGGAGCACGGGCAACCCGGCGGGGGCGGGAGGCGGGAGGAGCGAGGCCGGCAGGGCCGGGUCGGACCGGGCUGUGCGGGGCCGGCCGCAGUGCCUGCCUGCAGAGCUACCGGCCGGGAGGCUCCGUGCCCAGCAGAGUCGAGCUGGUGCUUUAGUCAGACUUUCUCUGCCCCUCUUCUCGCCUGCAGCCCUUAGCAUGGCCGGGGCUCCGCUGGGGGACCUGCUUUCCUUCCGUGCCUUCCGGGCCGCCUGCCCCGCCGGGUACGAGUAUGGGUAUGGGUACGGCGGCGGCCUGCCCGGCCUCCGGGAGCGCGAGUUCCCCCGGCUCCGAGGAAUUACCUACCUUGACCAUGCUGGUUCAGCACUUUUCCCAGAGAGUUUACUUAAAGCUUUUACUGAUGACCUCAGAAAUAAUGUUUAUGGCAACCCUCAUAGUCAGAAUAUCAGCAGCAAGCUGACGCAUGACACAAUCGAGCAUGUCCGAUACAGAAUAUUACAACACUUUCACACUACUCCUGAAGAUUACACCGUCAUUUUCACAUCUGGAUGCACAACUGCACUUAAACUUGUAGCAGAAGCAUUCCCUUGGAUACCUGGAGGCACAAAGCAGCCCAGCAGUCGAUUUUGUUACUUAACUGACAGCCACACAUCUGUGGUCGGUAUUAGGGGGAUAACUGGCUCAAUGAAUGUCUCGUCUGUUCCAAUAAAACCAAAAGAAAUCUUGUUAUCGGAAAAGAAUAGGUUGUCAGCUGAAGAACAAAACUGCACGACGCCUCAUCUUUUCUCUUAUCCAGCUCAGAGCAAUUUUUCUGGUACCAAAUAUCCCCUUUCAUGGAUACAGGAUAUAAAAUCUGGAAAACUUUGCCCCAUCAAAAUACCAGGGAAGUGGUUUGUUCUGCUAGAUGCAGCUUCGUAUGUGAGCAGUUCUCCGUUAGACUUGGAAGUUCACCAAGCUGACUUUAUCCCCAUCUCAUUCUAUAAAAUCUUUGGAUUCCCAACUGGUUUAGGAGCAUUAUUGGUAAACAACCGGAUUGCCCCCCUCUUGCGGAAAACUUACUUCGGAGGUGGAACUGCAGCUGCCUACCUUGCAGGAGAGGAUUUUUAUUUUCCAAGGAAAUCUAUAGCUGAAAGGUUUGAAGAUGGCACAGUCUCUUUUCUUGAUAUCAUUGCUCUGAAACAUGGAUUUGAUGUUCUGGAAAAACUCACAGGAGGAAUGGAGAAAAUAAAACAGCAUACCUUUGCAUUAGCUCACUACACCUAUAAUGUGCUGUCUACCUUAAAAUAUGCCAAUGGGGCUCCGGUUGUACGUAUUUACAGUGAUACAGAUUUCAGCAAUCCUGAUGUCCAGGGUCCAAUUAUCAAUUUUAACAUCCUUGAUGAAAAUGGGGAAGUGAUCGGCUUUUCACAGGUGGACAAGAUGGCCAGUCUUUACAAUAUACAUGUCCGCACAGGUUGCUUCUGUAACACAGGAGCUUGCCAAAUGCAUUUGGGUAUAAGCAAUGAAGACAUACAAAGGAACUUGCAGGCUGGCCAUGUCUGUGGAGAUGAUAUAGACCUAGUCGAUGGACGUCCCACUGGUUCUGUGAGAAUAUCCUUUGGCUACAUGUCUUCUUUUGAAGAUGCACAGACUUUUUUGAAAUUCAUCAUAGCCAUCAGACUUUCCAAAUCAGAUGCUGAGAUUCCCUUCCAGUCCUCUGUUACAACGCUGACGACAGAGUCUGUCCCAGAUGACCGCCCUUCCUUUAACAGUGCAGAUAAAUUGUCUCCAAUAUCACACAUCUCGGACACAGAACUCAGGAAUAACUCAUCUGUGACAAUGACAACUGGCAGCAGGCAGCCACCACAGGCAGAGGCAGAAAGCAUAAGGGCAGCUGUUUCUGAGACUGCAAUACCAACAUAUAGAAGAGGCGGCAAGCCCAUCACUGUCACCAACAUUUAUCUCUACCCAAUUAAAUCCUGCUCUGCAUUUGAGGUUACAGAAUGGCCAGUAGGAAACCAGGGUUUGCUCUAUGACCGAAACUGGAUGGUUGUAAACCAGAAUGGAGUCUGCAUAACUCAGAAGCAGGAGCCAAGAUUGUGUCUUAUAAAUCCCUCAAUUGAUCUGAAGAAAAAAAUAAUGGUAAUUCAAGCAGAAGGCAUGGACCCAAUAUCCGUAUCACUAGAAGAAAAUACUGGAAAAGAGACUGUGAUCUCUGAGAGCAAAGUCUGUUCACACAGGGUAAAAACAUAUGACUGUGGAGAAAGAAUUGCUGUCUGGUUCUCUAUGAUUCUUGCUCGUCCAUGUCGCUUGAUAAGACAAAGUUCAGACAUGUCACAUCAGAAAAAUACAAAAGGUCUGGCAUCUGCUACAAACAUUUCACUCUCUCUUGUGAAUGAAGCACAAUACCUCCUGAUAAAUGUAGCGAGCAUUCUGCAGCUGAAAGAGCAUAUUUCUGCAAGAUUAGAAGAGCCAUUGGAAAUGGAGGAAUUAAUCCGGCGCUUCCGUGCCAACAUUGUCAUCAGUGCACCAGAGUCCUUUGAAGAAGAAGAGUGGGCUGAGAUUUCAAUAGGUGCUCUGCGAUUCCAGGUUGUGGGUCCAUGUAGCAGAUGUCAGAUAAUCUGCAUCGAUCAACAGUCUGGGGAACGAAACAAAGAAUUUAUGCAGUCUCUGUCUGUGGCCAGAGGUAGAAAGACAAACUUUGGCAUAUACCUGAUGAACCAGCCCUUACAUUCAUCCCUUCCAGAUAUGUUAUCUGUUGGGUCUCAAGUACUUCCAGUGCUGAAAGAGAAUAUGGAAAUUCAGCCCCCAACAUCCAGUGAAGAAAAAUGUUCAGGAUAGAUUCUGUGCUAGAGAUGAGGUCUCCAUGCAAGUCCAGGGAAAAGUUAGUAGUCAGUUACUAAAGAAAAAAAAAAGCUUCUACUUGCUUGGCUCUGAUUUAAGUCUCUUAAUUUUCUGUUUGCUGUAAAUGUUAUCAGAUGGCAGAAACCUCGAUAAUUACAGCUCACCUACAUGUUUAUGCUUGUGAUUAGGUUACAGCAGCCAUAAGUCUGUUUUGCUCAAUUGCUUCAGGAUGCAACAAGUUUGAUCAAGUUUUACCGGUGGAUGACUCCCAAAGCAAGCACAACAUCAUUGUCAGAAACCCACAUCUCAAUGAAGGAAAGUAAACACAGCAAUGCACUACUUCCUUAAGUUGCUUAGUUAAAACCACAGUUAGGAGAGAGGAUGCAGGACAUAUUUUAGAAACAAUGUGGGUGGGAUGGGAAUAGUGGGAGAGCAGCAUGAAAGUAACCGCUUACCAAUUCAGUCCAUUCAACUUACCAAAAAUGAAACUGAAGGUGAUGUGUAGAUAAGGCUGAAAGCAAUAGAGAAGAGGGAAUUUUAUUGGGAAAUCCAUGUCUACCUCUUCAGAAGUGGUGUGUGAGGAUGCCAGAAAGGCACAAAGAUCAAGGACGAUUUGGUAUGCCAUUUGCAGAACACUAGUUUCACUCUGUGAAACUAUUUCACGCAUUCAUUCUCAACUUUUCUCUCAUUCCCAUUUGCUACUUUUCCAUCUGAUUUAUUUCAUGUGAUGAGUUCGCCCUUUCCUUACAUGUUUGUGGAUGUUGACACAUUUUUUUCUAAUUAGAGCUCUUUCAACUAAAGCAAUCAUGUUUUCUAUCUAAACUUUGUUUAUCCUCAGUGGUGUCUAAUGGCCGCUUAAUAGAGCUCUUGAAACUUUGGAUAGAUAGAAGGAAAGUUCCUUCUCCACCCUGAAGACCUCAAAGCACUCUUUUUUCUUAUUCUUGUGCAUUUGAUAAUGUCCUUCUUAGGAGGUUUUUCAGUUCUUCAUUCUUCUAAAUGUGACUCAUGCUUUUUGAUUUCUGAGAACAGAUACUUGAAAGUAGGACUUUGUCUGAAAUAUGAAUUAAUGUGAGAAAUAAAAAAAUAAAUAGAGCAAGACACACAGUAAAAAAGCACAUGGAAAAUCAAUGUAAUGCAAGACUGAACACACUGAGGCCAGGUGUUUUAUGACCCCCUACAUGUGUCCAGCCAGCCACAGGGAGAUUUCAUGCUUUCAGGAAGUCCUUCUGGAAAAGGAAAUUCUCCUAGAUUAGCUUCUCUAUUGCCAUUUGGAAAGUGAAAUUUUGGCCUCAUUAAAAGCACUGUCAGAACUCUCAUCCAGUGUGAUUUAGGUCUUCCUUGGGGCAAUUUUGGCUCAAAUUGUGUGAAAGUGCUUCUGGCUGAAGCAAUCCCUGAGUUGUUUGAGUAUAUCCCUGGAGGGGAGCAGGCAGCUUUGUGAAAGAAUUGGUCAAAGAGUUACUCUGAAAGGGAAGCAACUACCACAGAGUGGGGUACAAUAGGAAAAAGGAAGCGCAUAGCCCAGUGUGUGAGUCAGAAUUCGAAGAUAAUCUUUUUUCUUUCUCUGUUUUGCUUUUUUUUUUUCCUGGUUACUUCUUGCUUUCUUUUUUUCUUUUGAAGAACUGGUUUUACUCACUUCAGCUGGAACAGACUCUUAUUAGUCUCUCACCAGAGCUUUGUAAUGGAAAUGAGAAGAGACAUUAUCUGUUUCUUACAACCUGCCAUAAUACAUGGAAAGAAAGAGGUGUUUCAUAUGUAUGUAAAGUGAGGAUCAGUUUUGAGAGUCGUACCUUCCACUUCAGAGCCCAAGCACUGCUCCUUGAUGUCUGCUUUGAAAAGCAGAAGUUUUAUCUGUCUAAUAGUCAGUUAUCUAAUGUUGUAAUCGGCAGGCUUUUUGGAACCUUCAAAAACAGUUUCCUGGUAUCUAAAUCUCUCAACUGUUUUACUCUGCCUUUCUGUUAUGCAGAGCAUUGUUUUAUUGGAUAGAAAGCCAGCACAGCUCUGGCAAAUUUAAUACAAAGAGACCUGCUGUAUGCUGACCUUCAGGUGAUCUCUGGUGCUUUGCUCUGUCCUCUUCACCUCACCAGUAUGUCAUUUGUUUAAAAUGGCACAGAAGUUAGAAAAGGAAA